AUGGCCCCAAUCGAGGCGAGAGAGGUCUUCUUACCUCGGCGUUCCUCCAUCUCAUACGGGUAUGCCUCGAAAGGUUCUUUCCAAUUAUAAUAUUAUGCUAUUUAACCCAAAAGUCUCGGCAUUAAUAUUAUCAGUCUGUCGAAAAAAUAACGGCGGAUCGUCGCAUCAAAAUGUCUCGCCUCGCCGCUGUCGCGCACCAAAUCCCAAGUCGCGGCUUGCAGUCGCAAAGCGAUGAUGGGCGAUUCGGAGGCGUGACGAUCCGCCGUUUUUUUCCCGACAGACCGAUACAAAUGACCUAUGAAAGGCUGAUAUUAUUCAAAAAUUCAGUUUUAUUCAUAACAUUACUGAUUCACACUUUCAGAAUGCUCUUUUGGCUGAUUUCCUUAUCAUUCCCUCUACUUUUGGUAACUGCAGAUCCAAUAUUCGAAUCUCAUAUUGGAAAUUUUGUUGGAAAAACAUUAGAAUUCAAGGAUGGGGUCAAAGUUGAUGCCUUCUAUGGAGUCCCAUUUGCCCGGCCUCCAAUUAAUGAUCUUCGAUUUGAAGUAUGCAAAUCUUAUCUUUAAUGAUGACGUCAUAAUUUAAAUAAUUUAGAAACCUCAAGACGCUGAAUUUGUAAAAGAAAGAUCAGCCAAGACCUUGCCCAAGGUCUGUGUCCAACAAGAUUACUCGAAUCAGAUGGAGAUGAGUGAGGAUUGUCUUUAUUUGAAUAUAUUCAGACCUCAUCAACCUGUAAGAGUAUUUUUCUCUUGAUUAUGUUCUUUUAGAGCGAAGAUAAGAACGGAUAUCCGGCACUGUUUUUUAUCCACGGAGGCGCUUUCCAGGUGGGAUCUUCUCAUGAACAUACCACUGAUUACGUGGCGGAAAAUUAUGCCGGAAGGGGGGUCGUCACCAUCAUUCCUCAAUAUAGGCUGGGGCUUUUUGGUAAGAACCAGCUCAUCUUUUGGAUAAGAGUCAUGUUGAAAUUACAGAUUUUUUUUAUUUCAGGCUUUGCUUCGACCGGUCCCGAGCAAUUUGCGGGCAAUUACGGUCUUUGGGAUCUCCGCCGAGCCCUUCUUUUUACUCGAAAAAAUGCCAAAUCCCUUUUCCUGGACCCUUCCAAGAUUACUGUAGGUGGCUACAGUGCCGGAUCAGCUGCUGCCAGCGCUCUCUCAGUCAGCGAACACACUCGAGAUCUCUUCCUGCAGACUCUCCAAUUUAGUGGAUCUAUCUUCGCCGAAUGGGCGUUGAGUAAUCGACCAGUUAUUCAUACCGAAAAACUGGUCGAAUUAUUGAAAUGCGAUGAUCAGAGUUCGGCCAAGAUCAAGAAAUGCCUUAGGCAGAAGUCUGUGAGGGAAUUACAAGUGGCCGCUGUCAAAGUUGUUAGUUUUUUUAUAUUAUAAUUUAAUACAAGCUUUACAUUACCGCUUACCUUUACUACCUUUAAGCAUGAGACGGAUGGAGAAAUCAAUUCAUUUGAUUACACCCCCAGGUUGGAUGCUGAUUUCUUUACUGCUGAUAUUGCGCAAUUAAUUGAAUCCGGGAAACCAAAGUCCUCAAUGAUGUCAUUGACCGAGAAUGAAGGGCUUCUAUUCAGUAUGUUGAUUCAGGUAAUCUUCAAUAAUAUUUUUAGCGAUUUACUUCUCACAUGCCAUUGAAACUUUUCCGCAUGCUCUAACGAAGGAUAAAAAAGAUAAAUUCUCAUUGGGAGACUUCAAAAAAUUCGUCAGAAAUGUUGUAGCACCACAGAAAUUAUUUGGAAAUAAACACAAAGAAGUCACCGAGAAGAUCAUCGAUUUUUAUUUGAGGCUAAAGCCGGAACAUCAACAUGACAGGACCUUCUAUUUGGACAUCCAUGGAAAAGUGAGUAUCAACGCGAAAUCUGAGAUCGUUUAAUUAUUAUGCAAUAUACAGGGUGUUCAGAGAAUUAUGGAAAAAACUAUUCAUUAAUAACUUUGCGCUCGGUGGUCCAAUCCAAAAAAUUUUUUUUGCAUUUUACAGAAAAACCUUGGAGUUUUUAGAAUCUAAAAUUUUUUUUUCUUUUAUCGGCGGAGACUUCCGUAAUCCGCGUUGAAUUGGGCGGAGUGUUUUUUUCACAAAAUAAGGCUGUGAAUCGUUGUAUGUGUAAAGAAAAUGGGCGGAAAAGGAUCCGGCAGAUACAAUAUGACAUUUCUUUCAAAUUACUGCGCUUCGGCGGAGACAUUUUUUAACCUCGGCGGACGAUUUUUCUUCGACUUCAGAUAGUCAAAAUUGGCUGAAACCAAAGCGUAUGGUAUCUCUGGUGGCGUGGCGUCUAAAAACGACUUAAUACGUCGCCAGCCGGCUGGCAGAUGAAAAAACGGCAAUUCGGCGGAGAAAUCGGCGAAGAAAAAAGGAACAUAUUUAAGAAAAUAUGCAUAUUUAUCCGCCGAGCAUCCGCCAAUAAGAAGAGUCAUAUUUUUGGUUGAUUAGGGCCGUGUAAGACCUACAAUUUUAGUUUUCUCAUCAUAAUUUCUUAAAUGGGUUAAUUUUUUUCUCCGCCGAUUUCUCCGCCGAAUUGCCGUUUUUUCAUCUGCCAGCCGGCUGAAGACGUAUUAAGUCGUUUUUAGACGCCACGCCACCAGAGAUACCAUACGCUUUGGUUUCAGCCAAUUUUGACUAUCUGAAGUCGAAGAAAAAUCGUCCGCCGAGGUUAAAAAAUGUCUCCGCCGAAGCGCAGUAAUUUGAAAGAAAUGUCAUAUUGUAUCUGCCGGAUCCUUUUCCGCCCAUUUUCUUUACACAUACAACGAUUCACAUCCUUAUUUUGUGAAAAAAACACUCCGCCAAAUUCAACGCGGAUUACGGAAGUCUCCGCCGAUAAAAGAAAAAAAAAUUUUAGAUUCUAAAAACUCCAAGGUUUUUCUGUAAAAUGCAAAAAAAAUUUUUUGGAUUGGACCACCGAGCGCAAAGUUAUUAAUGAAUAGUUUUUUCCAUAAUUCUCUGAACACCCUGUACAUAAUAAGAAUUGCAGCUUCUUGGAGAUAUCAUGUUUGUGAUCCCUCAAUUAUUGGAGCUCCGUCACAAAACAGCUGCUGGAUGGUCCAUCUACAACAUUUUGAGUGUUCACAACGACUUCAUUGAAGAGAAUCUCUCCCAUCUCGAAUUAUAUAAUACCACCCAUGCCAUUGAAUAUGCUUAUUUGUUUGGAAAAGGGUUCCUCGGAGAUCAUAAAUUCACGGAGGCCGAUGAAAAAUACAGGAAGCUCUUGAUCGAUGCGGUUGUUACGUUUGUCAAAACAAGGUGAGCUGUGAAAUUAUCAUUUUUAUGAAGAGUAAGUUUUAAUUUCAGAUCCCCGAAAAGCGACGAAAGUCCAAACUUCGUGAAGGUAAAUCGCCAUCAUCCAUUAAUUUACACGGAACUCUCUACCGAGGCAACCAUCAAGGACCCCUUAUUCGCAAAUGAACUCAGAUUCUGGAGCAAAUUGUCGGAGGAAUACGAGUUUGAUAUAAUCAGGGGAAUCCACAAGAAGACUCUCAGGAUGCGGACUGAAUUGUAA